AUGGAUAAGAAGCACAAGUCCAUAGCCCUCAAUACCAUUAGAGAUGAGUCAAAUGAGUCAUCCGAUGAGUUAGCUAUAAGUGACAGAGAAAUAGCAUUUUAUGCUAAGAAGUUCAGGAAAAUGUUUGUGGCUAGAAACAACAAGAAUGAGAGGCCAGAGAAGAAAAAGUUUGAAAGAUAUAAUAGAGGCUCAAGUUCAGGGAACAAGGAGAGAAGCACUAAGAAGUACACUAGAGCAAAUAAAGACAAGGUACAAUCAAGGGUGCAGUGUCAUGAAUGUCAUGGAUUUGGACACAUUCAUCUGGAAUGUGCAAAUUACAAAAAGGCAAAAGAAAGAGCUAAGAUUGCAUCUCUAAGUGAGAGUGAAUUAGAGUUAAGUCAAUCAUCAGAUAACUCUUCUCCAAAAAGAAAUCUUAACUACAUGGCGUUCACUGCCUCUGUUAGCAGCAAAAGUCAUUGUUGUGAACCAGUGUUUGAUGAUGGGAGCAUAUCUGGAAAUGAAUCUUGGUAUGAAGAUCAGUUGCAAGAAGUCUACGAGAAGUUGUACAAGGAAUGUGUUAAAUUGAGAAAACGCAACAAAGCGCACAUUGAGGAGAUAGACUUCAGUAAACGAGAAAAUGAAGGGCUUCAAGGAUAUGAUAUAGAGAAAUAUGAUGUAGCUACUACAUCAAAAGUCUCCUAUAAGAAUGGGAGGAAAACUGUGUUUGUUCGUGAGUCAACUGCAAAUGGGAAUGCUAGCCCAUCUGACAAGGGUAAGAAAUCCUCUCAUGUAAAAAUGGGUGUUCAGUCUCACGAUAAGUCAAGAGUUCGAAAUACAAGCCCUGUUUGUCAUCACUGUGGUAAGACUGGUCAUGUUGUAGGAGAUUGUUUUAAAUUGAAGAGAUACACCAUGUAUGAUCAUACACGCUCUCAAAGUAGAAGUGUGUACUCUCCAAAAAUGGGUAAAAAUCCCAUAACUGCUCCUAAGUAUGCCUCAUAUUUCAGGGGACAAAGAGAUCGCAAAGAGAACUACGUGUGGCAUAAUUGUGGUAAGGCUGGUCACAUUCAACCAAACUGCUAUGAGCUUAGGAGGAAUCCCAUGAAAGAUGGAAAUAAUGAAUCAAGAAGAAGACAUUUGAAUCUUUAG